AUGGCCGUCACAGCAACCGUUCAGCCGCUCCCAGUGCCUCAAGGAUCCGCCAUCAACUUCGGAUCCAUCAUCUCUGGAGUCGACCUAGAAAACCUGUCGGACGAAGAUUUCCAGGUGAUUCAUGACACGUUGUAUCGUACCAGCGUGGUAGUCAUAAAAUCCAAGCCUGAUGUCUCGGCCAAAGCUCAGUAUGAGCUCACGCGCCGCUUUGAUCCGUCCUCCACUGCUUAUGGCCACGGCAAGACGCUCGAUGCCAAACGCAGCAUUUUGCAUCCUGAUUUGAAGACAGUCCCGCAUCAGCCUCAAGUCCAGGUCAUUGGAAAUGGAUUUGUGAAAGACUAUGAAGGCCUGAAAGAUAUCACGCUUCGUCAUCCUCACCAUCGCACGUUCCAUCGUGAGAUCAUCCCCGAGGUCGAAGAUCUGGAUUAUACGCGAUUCUACCGGUGGCACAUCGAUGCAGCACUUUAUGACCUAGAUCCCCCGCUGGUAACUACUUUGUUGGCAGUGUCACUGCCGUCAAAGCGAGAGCAGACUCUGCGAUAUGAUGACGGCACUGGCGAUGAAUUACGCGUGUCUUUGGGCACUACGGCGUUUGUAAGCGGUUACCAGAUGUAUGAGCGUUUAUCCGAGGAAGACAAGGAGUUCGUUCGAACGAGCAAAAUCGAGUAUGCACCUCACCCAUACAUUUGGAUGAGCAAGGCUCGUUCUCUCCCUACUGGUCUCGGCCUUUAUUCCGAGCGCCUUGAGUUGGAUGAAUCUGAACUACCUCCCAUUGAACCAAGCAAAAUUAAGAUGUUCCCAAUGACCUGGAAAAACCCAGUGACGGGCAAAUUGGCUCUUCAAGUUCAUCCAUCUGCCAUCCGACGGAUUCACCUGAAAGAUGGCACUGUCGUUGAAGAUCUUGAGAGAGUACGCGAUAUCGUGUACCGUCUACAGAGACCGGGCAUAAGCCCGGAGUAUGUUUAUGCACAUGACUGGGAGGAGGGGGACAUGGUGCUCUUUAACAAUCAUGGAGUCUUGCACUCCGUUGUCGGUGCUUUUGCUCCUGAGGAAGUGCGAUUAUUCCGACAGUGCAAUUUGUCUGCUAGUCGGGCUCCACUGAGUCCUUAA